GGUAGCGCCCGCGAGCACUGCGCGCAUUAGCCUGGCCGCUCGUGGCCACCGCCGCAGAGGUUUUGGACAGGACCACUGUUGGCAGAGCAGGCUAGCGCCCAAGCGUUCGGAGCGUGCCAGCGCCGAGGGGCUGCCCCAUAGGCAGCCCCAGCCACCAUGGCUUCAGCAGAGUUCUCGGACGAACGGCGCCUGUCCAACCCCGAUCUAAGCGAUGAUCGAAGAAAGUCGAGUGUGAGACGGUUAAGUGUGAAUGAGCCGGGGAAGAAGAACGUGAAGCGGGGCUUCCAGGCGGGGCUCACCGCUGAAAUGGAGGACGAGCACGUGUUCCGGCCGGACAAGAACCAGACCAUGUUUUCCAAUAGCGAGGCGUUCGCCGUCGCGAAGGCGAAUUUCGUGAAGUUGGUCGGGCAGGUGGAACCGGUGGCCGAUCGCAUCGCUCAGGAGGCCGAGCAGCCUCGGACAGCUCUGCAAAAAGAAGUUAUGUUAAGGAAGAACCGGUUUAGCGGGGCGCAUAACUCGUCGUCGUAUAUCGCGAAACGUAACGAACUGAAAAGAUGGAAAGAAACCAAUAAGGAGAUCGCUGGUCCCGCGGGCAAGCGGGCCUUCGCGCUCGAACUAGACAGAAUAAAUCGCUCGAAGGAUGAUGAUGAUGUCAAAGCCCAGAAACGCCUGGAGUUGCAGGAGAAGAUGAUCGCCGCCGGCGUGAAGGAAGAAGAAAAAGUUUUAGUAAAAGAAAAGGGCAUAAAACCGAGGGUCAAUUACGACUUCGUCGAAUGGAAUCCCGGCGACGACUCCUUCCCCUGCCCGACGGCGGCGAACUAUCGCGAGCCCGACGGUCCGGCGCAUUUCCGGUUGCAGCAGCGCAUCGAAGAGUUUAAGCGCGAGACUGAACUACAAAGUGCGGCGCGGCGCGAAACGGACCGGGAGCAGGAGGAAGGCACGCUCGCUGCGGUGCUCAAAGAACGACGCUAUCAGCGCAUGCGCGACUACUUCAAUUCUACGGUCAAAAAACACGAGGAGGAGGCGGCCGAAGGGAUUAGUGUCGACACGGCCGAGAGAAAAAGACGAGCAUUACUAAGGUCAGAGCGUCGAAAGCGCAUGAAGGAGAACCCCCACGGCAUCAAGUUCAAAGGUAGUCGGAAGAAGAGCAUCAUCCCGAUGAAGAUGAAGAAGGGCCUGUGCCCGUGCUUCGGCAAAAAGCGCCGAGCGGGCACGGCCGACUCGCAGUACACGGCGACGCCGCCGUCCACCGCGGGUACUUCCAGACCAGGAACAGCAGAGGAUCAUCUCAGUGGCUUCAAGACCAUGUUCUUUGGGGCCGCUUCUCGGGCCUCGACCGCGGCGUCGCGCGCGGGUAGCGCCAUGGCCGAGAAGACUGCUGCUGCAACAGGUGGUAGGUUCGACCCCACCUCCUGGUUUUCGAACGCCAAGGAGGCGCCCGCCAUCGAGCGCAUCUGCGUCAAGGGCUGCGGCUUUUGCGGUAGUGACGAACAAGUCGCCGAGCACGAGAAGACCUGCACGUAUAUCUUCGAAGCUGGCGCGCCGGCGCCGGCACCCACCUCACCGGGCAAGAAGAAGAAGAAAUCUAAAAGAAACAAGGACUUCGACGAUGACGGCGCGUGUAAGUGUCCGAAGGGCUGUGGGUGGUCCGGCGACGCGAAGGAGCUGAAGAAGCAUGAAAAAUCGUGUGACUUCGUCAAGGACCCGACGAGACGCGCGUGCAAGAACAACUGUGGCUUCUAUGGGUUACUUGAUGCGACGGCUCGGCACGAGGUGAAUUGCGACUAUAUCGAUCCUAGGAUAGCGAAGCGGGAGGCGCGUUUGGCCAAAGAAAGUCCUCCUAAGAAAGAAUCGAAGGGCGCCCGUCGACUACGCCUCAAGGGCCUUUCACCCGAGAGUGAAGCUCCGGCGCCGGCGCCGGUCGAGGACGCGCUAUCUCCGAAACGACGACGUACGGGCCGCGCCGCCGGUGGUCGCAUGCCUUCGCUGGACGACACGCCAACGAUCGAGGAGGAACCUCAGAAACUCUCGUUCUAUCAAAGGUACUACCCCAGAAGUGCACACAACAAACAAAUUAAGUUGAAAAAGAAGCUCGAUAAAGCUCAAGAAGCCGUCGAUGCAUCAAAGCAAGCUUUGAGGGAUGCGGAAGCACUCCCGACGCCCGGGCCCUACAAGGAGAAGAAGAUAGCAGCGGCCAAAGUGUCCAUAGAAUCAACCGCCAAAAAGUUCACAGAGAUACAAAAGAAGUACAAUAAGGUGCAUGAAGCGAAGGCGCCACCACCAGGCGGUAGAAAGAAGUGGUUCUUCCGUAGCAAACGGGGUUCCUUCGUGCCCCCGACGCCCGAUCUCGUCAAAGAAGAAAGAGCAGCUAAACUAGCGAGGGCCGCAGAACAAGGCAUCACGGUGGAGCAACUGGAAGAGAAGGAGGCCGCCGAGGCGACGAUGCGGAUGAGUACACCUGUGGAUGAGGACGCCCCGAUCAAGCCCCACCGGAGAAGUGGCGUGACGCCCUGUAAACGACCGGGCAAGACGAAGCUUAGGAGAAGGGUAGUGGUCCCGGUCGAUCCCGACGCGGUGAAAGAGGAGGAAGAGCCACAAAAGAAGAAGAAGCGGGAAAAGCCGAUGAAGGUCCCUCGCGACCUGCGGGAGGAGGUCCAGCCCUUGGCCGAACAGUAUUUCUUGUUCCUGGGGGAUGAUUUGCUGUGUCCCGUGAAUGAUUACGAUCUGUUGGACGCGGCGGCGAACAAUGAAGACGUGAUCAAUUUUGUCAAGAAAACGGGCCACAAGAUGUUCCAGUACGUGACCGUGCCGCACUUGCUCGAUCCGGCCAUGAAGGAGACGCCGACGGACAUGCCGGGCAAGUUUAUUGGAGAGGAGUUCGUGAACGCGGUCUACAAGGCCAUAUCUACGAAGCUCACGAUCGAUGAAUUGCGACGGCAGGAGCGCCUCAAGAAGCAGGAGGAGAAGCGCAUGAAGGAGCUCCAGAUGGUCAAGAAGCUCCACGUGUCUACCGCCGAGGCGGAAGAGGAAAAGCGCAUCCAGGCCGCGAUCACCGAAGAAAAGGAGAGGUACAAAAAGAAACAUCUGGCGCGGUGGGAGCGGCGCUUCUGCGGCUGCUUCGUGGCCCUGGACAAGGACGAGCAGGUCUGGCGGGAGGAGGAGAAGAAGCAGGAGGAGGAGCUCAUGGCGGACAUGUCGUACGAGGAGAAGCAGCAGUACCGCAAGGACAAGAAGUGGAAGAAAAGUAUCGGAUACAAAAUACAUAAAUUUAAGAAGAAGUACUUCUUCUGGAUGCGCUAUCCUCGGAUUGAUGAUUUGUUCGUGCCGUAUCGCACGGUGAAGUGGUUAUAUGGUAAGUGCGGCAUACCUCGACCUUUGAUUAAAUUUGCGUUGUGGUCCGUGAAGACCGGUGAGUCGAUUGCAACCUGGUUUGGACUUAGAUUAGCGAAGAUCUAUUUCGGUCUCAAGGUCGUCUACAAGGCCCUGUCGAACUUUGUCAGUGGGGCGGCGCAGUACGACUACGACGACCUCACCGCAGCUGUCUUGGAAGGUAAUGUAGAUAUGUUGCGGUUGAUCUUCAUGGACAAGCACUCGGCCAUGUCAGCAGAGGAGACCUCAUUAGAUGGCAAGACCAUGCUCUUCAUGUGCAUGGAGCGCUUACUACAUACCGAGCACACGCUCAAAACAGAAAUGGCCCGCUUGGCCAAGGAGGGUCGCGUCGCACCGAACCUCUUCUACCUACCCGUAGAGCAGCAAAAGCGCGAACUGGAGGAGGUGCAACAAGAAGAUGACGCCAAAAAACGAAUAGCGGACAGGGAGGCCAUGAAAAAAGAACGGGAGGAGCAGAAGCGCAUGAAACGAGAAACGAAGAAGGGCACGAACAUCCAGUCCGGCAUGGCCCACUUACAGAAGAAGAAGAAGAAGAUGAGCAAGCAAGAAAAAAUGAAGGCCGACGCGUUACGCGAGGCAUCUGCAUUGGAUCUCUACAAGAAGGCCGAGAAGCUCGCGAAGACCUGCGAGUUCUUGGUGAAGCGCGGGUCGUCGAUCAACACGCAGCAGGACCCGCGGAAGCACGAUGGAAGUGGAUGGGGCCUGCUGCACCACGCCGCGGCGCACUCGAACGUAAAGCAGAUGAAGUGGAUCCUGUCGAAGGGUGCUCUUGUUGAUUUGGCCACUGAGGAAGGUGAAACACCUUUGAUGAUGGCCGCGUUGUCUGGUGCUACUCGCGGGUGUCAAUUUUUGAUAGAAUAUGGGGCGGUGGUCACGAAGGCAGCAACUAACGGCUGGACGCCCCUACACUUCGCGGGCCACGCCGGCGCCAACGACACGGCCGCUUUGUUGUUGAGGGCAGGUGCCUCAAAAGAUGCGAGGACCAUAGGGGAUACGUUACGCCCGGCCGACUGCGCGGUGCGUGCGAAGCACAAGGACACGGCGGAAAUUAUUAGGUUGUAUCGGGAGCCGCCGGUCCCGGUCAAGGAGGUCUUCGACAUGAUGGACGCGCACGCCAACAAGUCUGUCAGUGACAGCGCGUCUGCCUUACUAACGUCGCUCGCGGGCGAGACGAUGGCGUCUCUGGAAAGCGCCCAGUCCAUGUUCGGCAUCGCCUAGUUAUG